GCCGCACGGGGUGACACGUCGGACGGCGCCGGAGGCUGCACUUCAAGAGGAGUCGGAGUGACGACUUUCUCCUCCCCCCUUCCGCGAGAGCCAGACCGAGCCCCCCUCCCCCCGGGGUUGGACGCCAGGACCGGAUCAGGAGGCUCCGCAACUACUCUUGAAUCGGGCCAAGCACGCCCCUUCCGUUGCCUGGCAGCCGCCGCCCCUCCCCCUUUCCCGGCCCCGAAGCCGGUUCCAGGUUCGCUCCUUUCCCCCGCACCGGUGGGGCUGCCUUGAUAGCAUCCCCCCUAUCUGCUGUCCUCUCCUCCUCCGGUGGCCUCUGUCCUCCUCGAGUAGGGUCCUCGCAGAGGCUCCAGGGUCCCCGGCUUCCUUUCCCGGAAUCCCCCACAGGUGUUCCCUCCCUCCCUCCUUCCCCGUAUCUUGCAAUCCUGCUUCGGUGGCCUUCUGCUGCCUGCCUUGCUUUCGUUCCUUCCCCGUUUGCACGGUGGUGCCUUUUCUCUUGUUAACACAAAAGGUCCCCGUUUGCGCCCGGCUUCCCCCCUCCCUCGCCCGCCAGAGCUCACCGGUGCCAUGCGCUUCUCCUUGGUCGUGUCGCUUCUGCGCCCUGUGGGGCCUGUAGUUGUUGGGGUGUCUCUUGGUUUCACACUCAGCCUCCUCAGUGUGACCUGGGUAGAGGAGCCAUGUGGGCCCAGCCAGGGUAGCCUACGCGAUGGGGGCAUGGAGCAACAGCAGCAAGGCGGCCAGGGCAAUGCUGCCCGCAAGCCUAAUUCUGUGCCUGGGGGUGUGGGCGUGGAGUCUGAACAGAAUUGGGAGCCCCGCGUCCUGCCCUACAAGCCUCCAAACCCAGGCAAGGCGGCCAAGAAAACUAUCAGGACUCGCUAUAUCAGCACAGAACUUGGCAUGCGCCAGCGCCUCUUUGUUGGUGUGUUGACCUCAAAGAAUACAUUGCACUCUCUGGCUGUGGCAGUGAAUCGCACGCUGGGUCACCGGUUGGAGCGUCUAGUCUACUUCACAGGCACCCGGGGGCGCAAGGUACCACAUGGCAUGAUGGUAGUGACGCAUGGUGAUGAGAGGCCCAUCUGGAACAUGUACCAAACAGUCAAGUAUGUGCUGGACCAUUACGUGGCUGACUUCGACUGGGUUUUCCUCGUGCAGGACGACACCUACACGGAGUCACAUCGUAUCAACCUCUUGGUCUCUCAUCUCAGCAUUGACACUCUUCUCUACAUGGGCCGGCCUGAGGAGUUCAUUGGUGGGGACACUCAAGGACGGUACUGCUAUGGGGGCUUUGGCUACCUGCUCUCCCGGGCCCUUCUUCUGCGCUUGCAGCCUCAUUUGGAAAGCUGCCGAAAUGACAUCCUGAGUGCUCGUCCUGAUGAGUGGCUGGGGCGCUGCAUCAUUGACUACACAGGAGUUGACUGUGUGGCAGAGCAUGAGGGCCAUCGUUACCAGUAUUUUGAACUCGGAAAGAACACAGAUCCUGAGAAGGAGAGUGACCCACAGUUCGAUUCUGCAUUCACAGUACACCCUGUGUUGGACCCUGUGCAGAUAUACCGGCUACACAGACAUUUUGCACAUGUGGAGCUGGAACGCACUUACCAGGAAAUACAGCAACUUCAGCUGGAGAUCCGAAAUACCAGCAGUCUGUCUGCAGACGGUGAGCUGAGUGCCAUAUGGCCCAUUGGCAUCGCACCCCCUUUCCAACCAAAGACUCGUUUUGAGGUGUUGCGCUGGGAUUACUUUACUGAAGAGGCAGCCUUUGCCUGUGUGGAUGGGGCUCCAAAGUGUGAGCUCCGAGGGGCAGAUGCAGCGGACGUGGCAGAUGUGGUUGCCGCAGCUGUAGAAGAGCUGAACCACCGAUACCAGCCCGUGCUCCACGUACACAAGCAACAGUUGCUGAAUGGGUACCGUCGCUUUGACCCUACACGAGGCAUGGAGUACACGCUGGACCUGCAGCUGGAGAUGGUGACUCAAAAGGGGUACAGCCGUUCACUGGCCAAGAGGGUGCAUCUGCUGCGCCCACUCAGUGAGGUUGAGAUCAUUCCUAUGCCCUACGUCACUGAGGCUAGCCGAGUAAAUGUCAUCCUUCCACUGACUGCCCCAGAGCGGGACUAUGCGGCACGUUUUCUAGAGGUCUAUGCGGCAGCAGCUUUUGAGAAUGCUGAGAAUGCUGUGCUCACUUUCCUUUUCAUCUACGACCCCUUUGAGGCUCAACAGGUGUCUCAGAAUGAUGUCUUUGGGGCAGUGAAAGCACGAAUUGCAGAAUACGAGCGACGGUAUACUCAAGUGAAGAUCCCCUGGAUCAGCGUCAAGACAGAUGCACCUUCCCAAAUCAAGGUUAUGGACAUCAUCUCCAAGAAGCACCCUGUGGACACGCUCUUCUUUGUGGCUGGUGUGAGCACGGAGGUUACCACUGAAUUCCUCAACCGCUGCCGCAUGAACACCAUCAACAGCUGGCAGGUCUUCUUUCCCAUCCACUUUCAGGGCUACAAUCCCACCAUUGUUUUUCACCGCCAACCCUCGUCUCUUUCUAGCUUGGAUCUGGUGCGUGAUGCUGGCCACUUUGACCGUGAUGCUUUCAACGAAGCUUGCUUCUACAACGCAGACUACAUGGCAGCCCGCACACGCAUGGCAUCCGAUGCGCAGGACAACGAGGAUAUCUUGGAGACCAUGGACAUCUAUGAUCUAUUUGUCAAAUAUUCUAACCUGCAUGUCUUCCGUGCGGUAGAACCUGCCCUCCUUCAGCAGUACAGGCCACACAGUUGCAACCCUCGACUGAGCGAGGAGCAAUAUCACCGUUGUGUGCAGAGCAGUUUGGAGGGCCUGGGCUCCCGUGCCCAGCUGGCCAUGGUGCUGUUUGAGCAAGAGCAAGGCAAUAGCACGUGAGCACUGGGACUGAGGCCAAGGCCAGCCUGCUUCAGCCUCCCCCUGCAUUUGCUUUCUGUAGUAGCAGAGGGGAUCUGAAAAUGACUCUUCAGGCUCGGAUCACGGGUGUAGUUCUGACUGGCCUAAUGGGCUGCAUUGUGGACAGUAGAUGUAAAUGGGAAUCAGUGCGUUGGUUCUAGUCCCAUUUUCUGUCUUGCUCUGUUCCCUUAGCCUGGACCCAGGUCCUUCCUCCCCCAUUGCAGCAGGAUUAGCAACUGCAAGCCCCAAAUAAGGACAGGCAGGACCUGCCCUGAGACUUGCUUCUUUGAACUGCUCAUUGCUGCACGUCCUGCCUUUGGGGUUCCUGGGCUCUUGGAGGGGCCUUCUGGGUGAGCAGCAGGAAGGGUUGGUGGGGGGCGGGGAGAGUAAAGGGGGAUCUUGGGAGCUGGACUGUGGGACAGGGAAAGGGAAUGAGAGAAUUCCUUGCCUGUGAGGAGCUUUGCUCAUUCCUCUGGCUGCAGUUUUGGUGCUAACUUAAUGAACACUCCAGAUAUGAGUGGGAUGGGAUGACAGAGGGUUUCCUGUUGUUCUUGGUUUCCUCUGAGGCACUCCCUUUGGAAACCAUGACCCUGGCUGCUUUGGCCUCAGAUUAGUAUUAGUAAGGGAUAAGAGGACGGCACAGAACAGACAAGAGCUUUCUGUAGGAGAGUCAAACUGCCCCCGUUUCCAGGCUGGACCUGGCAUUAUGGGAAAAAUCGUAUUUCUGAUGCUGCCUCCCAUGAAUGCUGCCUGCAGGGCUGAAGUUCUGUGUGGUCUCCUAGAAGUCUUCAGCAGAAUGUAUUGUAUUGUUCAGCCUGGUGCUGUGACCAUGGAGCAGGCAAAGCCCAGAAUUGUGUGUGUGUGUGUGUGUGUGUGUGUAGGGGGUAAAUAUGGAGCAUGGCUCUCCAGUGGGUUUAUAUUUAACAUGGGAUUGGGCGACUAAAUUUUGUUUUACACUUUAAUAAACAGAAGUGAAGCACAA